GUUGCCAGUGUGAUUUGGGAGUUUAAAGAGUUAACAGGAGCGAUUAAUGUGAAGCAAUAAUUAUUUUACAAGAUGAAUCUAUUUGUUCUUUUAUGUUUAAUUUCAAAUGUGGUUGCACAAUUUUCUGGUUCUUCUUUAAAUAUUCCAGCUAUUUUGGAUGCACAAGCACGUAUUGUUGAGGCUUAUUACGGAAAUAAAGGUCAGCAAUCGUCAUCCGGUCCUAGAAGAACAGAUAAUAACUAUAACACAGGAUAUCAGCCUUCAUCGAACAACGAUUAUUACCAAAAUAUUCCUGCUAUUGUAAACGCACAGGCACGUAUUGCUGAGGCAUAUUACGGGAAUAAAGGUCACCAGCCAUCAUCUAGCAUCAAUCUUGGAAGUAUUCCAGGUAUCUCCAGCAAUCUUGUUAAUCCCUUUGGUCCAGGAUUUCCUUUCAAUCAACAGAAUAAUAACCCUAAUUAUGUUGUGAAUCCUCAAAAUACGCGCACUCAAGCUUCUCGACGUCCAAGUUUUCAAUAUCCAGAUAUUAAAAAUUCGUUGAAUAACGCAAAUUCUAAUCUUAAGAAUAUUGGAAGUCCAGAAAUAGGUGCAGGCGGAUUGAGCUUUCCUUUCUUGUCUUUCUUAGGACGAUGAC